GAUGCUCUCCAGACCUCAGACCGGGGCCGGGUUCCAGGACUAAUAGCCUGUCAGAGUCAUUGAUGGUGUGGUUGGGGAGCCAAGAGCAAAGGGCCCUCCUCUUCCCUCCCUGCUCUCUGCCUCCACCUUGCAGUCACCUGUCUGGCUGUUCUGCCUUCCUAAAUCAGAAGGAUUGUCUGGCCUUAGGAUGGAGGACACGAGUGGCUCUAUCUCAGUGUGAAUCUAAGAAAGAUUUAUAGGUGUAAGAAAGUUGUGUCCAGCUAUUCUGUGACCUACAACAACAUAAUGAUACAGGUUAGAUCUCAGCAAGAUUUCCUGACGACAGUGAAUUGUUGGGUGAUUGGUACAACUGUCUAAGAAAUGUAUAAGCAGUCUUCUGACUCGAGAAUAAAUGAUUCAUAAAUGGGAUGAUUCUCACCUGUCUGUAGAAUUAUGUUUGGUCUGUCUGCCUAAAAAGAAAAUAUGGGACAGCAGGCCCCUUUCAACUAAUAGAUUUUAUUCAGUUUUGUCUUCGUGAUUCUUAAUAACUCCCUGUUCAAGGGGUCCCUGGACUUAGGGCUUCCUUCUCCCAGCCCAGACCAGUAGGGACAAUAAGCAAAGAAGGAUAGGACAGGGUUGUGACACUUGUGUGGAAAGAGGAAGUAUCUGGGAACACCAGAAUGGAGGUCUUUGAAUUAAGUAGGUGGAAACACAGGUGGAAGUGACCUGAGAAUUGAGAUGAAGGCAAGAAGGGGAGCUAGGGACCCUAGGGGACAGAAGGCCCCUGAGCCUUGAGGUAGAAGAGCAGUUCUCACCAUUUCUGGGUCACUAAAGGCAGAAAAAUAAGUUGCCCUGAGACAGAUAUUUUCUCUAUUCUACCCCAGCUCAACCUUUUCAUUUACAUGUGUGGAUGUUGGGUAGGAUAGGGUAUGUCUGGAAAAUGCUGGUCUUGACCUUGUUUUGGGCCUCAUCCUUUCCUGCUCUCUGCCCCCUUUCCUAUCUUCAGCAGCUGGACCCUGACAAUACUGGCUUCAUCGGCGUCGAGACCUUCACUGGCCUGGUGCACAGCCAUGAGCUGCCACUGGACCCUGCCAAACUGGACAUGCUGGUGGCAUUGGCCCAGAGCAACGACCAAGGACAGAUCUGCUACCAGGAGUUGGUAGAUCUGAUCAGCAGCAAAAGAUCCAGUAGCUUCAAGCGGGCCAUCACCAAUGGGCAGCGUGCCCUUCCUCGGGAUGGGCUACUGGAUGAGCCAGGCCUUGGUUUCUAUAAACGCUUUGUGCGCUAUGUGGCCUAUGAGAUCCUACCGUGUGAGAUGGACCGCCGAUGGUACUUCUACCAGCACCGAACCUGCCCACCCCCAGUCUUCAUGGCUACUGUCACACUCACACAGAUCAUCGUGUUCUUGUGUUAUGGGGCUCGACUGAACAAGUGGGUGCUGCAGACUUAUCACCCCGAGUACAUGAAGAGUCCUUUGGUGUACCACCCUGGCCACCGUGCCCGCGCUUGGCGAUUUCUCACCUACAUGUUCAUGCAUGUCGGGUUGGAGCAGCUGGGCUUCAAUGCUCUCCUGCAGCUCAUGAUCGGCGUGCCCCUGGAGAUGGUGCACGGGGUGCUUCGGAUAGGGUUCCUUUACUUGGCGGGCGUGCUGGCAGGUGAGGCGUUUGCUGAGGUGCUCAGAGAGCCCGGCUUAUUGGGACAGCCCUCUCCAAACCUUUCCUUUCCUCCCACAGGUUCUUUGACCGUCUCCAUCACGGAUAUGCGGGCCCCCGUAGUAGGGGGCUCAGGGGGCGUCUACGCCCUCUGUUCUGCCCAUCUGGCCAACGUUGUCAUGAACUGGGCUGGGAUGCGCUGCCCCUACAAACUGCUGAGGAUGGUGCUGGCGCUGGUGUGCAUGAGCUCAGAGGUGGGCAGAGCUGUUUGGCUCCGUUUCUCCCCGCCCCUGCCUGCCUCAGGCCCUCAGCCCAGCUUCAUGGCCCAUCUGGCGGGCGCCGUCGUGGGCAUCAGCAUGGGCCUGACCAUCCUUCGAAGCUAUGAGGAGAACCUGCAGGACCAGUGUGGCUGGUGGGUGGUAUUGCUCUCCUAUGCCACCUUCCUCCUUUUUGCCAUCUUCUGGAACAUCUUCGCCUACGACCUUCUCGGGGCACAGGUCCUGCCUCCCCCUUAGUACCCCAUGAAAGUGCCAACACCGCCCCUCCGGUGCCACCAUCUGCCAGGCAGCCAGGAUGCGGUUGUUAUUUCUCCCUAUCAACGUGAACCUGACUGAGGUGGAUCUAGUGCCUGGCCUGGUUCUCCAGUAACAAGAACAACCUAAGGUGCCAACUUCCCACUGGAUUCUGGGCUGGGCUGGGCAUGCAGGUGCGUGCAUGUGAUUUUGUGUGCAGGCUAGUCAGGGCACGGCCCCCCUUGGCAGGACCUCCAGGUGUGGGCCUGCAUGUCCACCCUCUACUGAAUGUAUGUUUUAAAGCUGCUUCUCCCAUCCCUGUCCCCUGUGCCCACCUGCCUGGGAAGGGCGGGGCCCUACUGCUCCCCCCACCCCCAAUUUCCCUCAGCUGGCUCUUUUCUCUCCAAUUCUCCCCAGUUGCUGCAGAGACUUCAGCUCUAUGGCCCCAAAAGCUACCGAAUUCAGGGCCUCUCAAGCCUUACGCUGGUCCUGGGCCUAAAUCCUCUUCCGAGUCUCCCUGCCACUAGGGAAGCCGUGGUUUGAGGCUGCCCUGUGGAAGGUAGGAGGGGAUGUGCCUGAAGGAAGUCAGGGGGAGUGACCAGAGGAAAGCACCCAGGGGAGUAAAACAGAGGCUUCACAGCCUCCAGAGCAAAGAGCCAGUUUGAUGGAUUUGCUGUCUGAGCCUUUUUGGAGUAUGAAUAAAUAUUUUACACAGCA